UUAUCUAAACAGUUUCGCGUAAUAAAGAUCUUGCAGCAGACAUAUGUCGUUCCUAAGGCAAUCUUGAAACGCGCGGGAGUUUGUGUGUUUGUAUUGUCAAUGAUGUGAUUACAGUGUAUUACGAUGGCUCUUAAAGGAUGGCGGUAUUUCGUAAAUAGAGUCUUAUUUAUUCCUCAACGCUAUGUCUUGGGCAUUAUGGGUUUAUUCGCGUUGGCGAAUUCGUUCACAAUGCGGGUAUGUCUCAGCAUGACUAUAACCCAAAUGGUACUGCAUGUGGAGCCAUCAGAACAUAUUGUAGGAGAAACCUGUCCGGACCCUGACACCAUGGAUGAUUCAAAUAUAGUGAAUAAUGUCACAACAAUUUUCGAUAACAGUGAUCGUUACGACUGGAAUGAGUCCACUCAAGGGUUUUUAUUAAGUGCUUUUUACUAUGGUUACGUAGUGACGCACUUGCCAGGUGGGCUCCUAGCUGAAAAAUUUGGUGGAAAAUGGACAGUUGGUGUGGGUUUGCUAAUCACUUCCCUGGCGACUAUGGUUUCACCUUUAGCUGUCAAGUUUGGAGGAGCUACUGGGCUGUUUUUCAUUAGAGUUCUCGAAGGUGCUGGAGAGGGUCCAGUGACGCCCGCCUUUGUUUUACUACUAGCUCGAUGGAUUCCUCCAAGCGAAAGGUCCAGGUUUGGAGCGAUGAUAUUCGGAGGAGCACAAAUCGGGAACAUUUUUGGUCCAUAUAUUUCCGGAUUGUUAUUAUCAGACGGUGGAAGUUGGCACAAUGUUUUCUAUGUUUUUGGGGGUUUGGGUGUCAUCUGGUUUGUGUUUUGGGUAUUUCUUUGCUACAAUACUCCGAAUUCGCAUCCGUUCAUUUCUGAUGAAGAGAAAGAAUAUCUUAACAAUAAUAUUAUUGCAUCAGGUCUACACAAGAAAUUAGAUCCUGUACCAUUCAAAGCUCUUUUGCGAUCUGCUCCUCUUUGGGUAUUAGUCAUGGCAGCUGUGGGCCAUGACUGGGGCUAUUUCACUAUGAUCACAGAUCUUCCUAAGUAUUUCUCCGAUGUUCUUAAAUUCAAUAUCAAAGAAACUGGUCUAAUGUCUGCUCUUCCAUACAUUGCCAUGUAUAUCUUCUCUUUUGUGUUUGCCAGUCUAUGUGAUUUAUGUAUAAAGAAAAACUGGCACUCUAUCGGCACUGGCAGAAAAAUUUAUACCACUAUUUCGUCUACGGUGCCGGCAGUUUUUAUUAUUCUGGCCUCGUACUCAGGAUGCAACAAGAUGGUAGCCGUGGGCUUGUUCAUUGCCUCCAUGGCCUUUAUGGGUGGCUUCUACAGCAGUGUCAAGAUCAACGCCAUGGACAUUGCUCCUAACUACGCCGGUACAUGUUCCGCUUUCGUCAAUGGGCUGGGUGCUAUCAGUGGCAUUAUCACACCUUAUUUGGUCGGGUUGUUGACACCUGAUCAAACAAUAACACAGUGGCGCAUGGCCUUUUGGACAGUAGUUGCUGUGUUACUGGCAACCAAUUUGCUAUACGUCAUUUGGGGUUCUGGUGAUCCGCAAUGGUGGGAUGAUGUGGACAAAUACGGCUACCCACCAGGCUGGAAGCAUGGGCCUUUGAAGAGAAGGAAUCAGAAUAUAGAGAAGAAGAUAGUGUACCCUAAACAUGACCAUUCGCCAGUGUCGACCGAUUAAAAAGCUAUUCAAAUUGA